AUGCCUUCGAAUACGAAGAAGGACGACAAGUACACUGAUCCGGAGCUCCGUGACGAGGUCAAAGAGGAGAUCCAAGCCGGUGACAAGGGUGGUGCACCAGGACAAUGGUCGGCCAGAAAGGCGCAGAUGAUGGCUUCGGAAUACAAGAAGCGUGGAGGCGGCUAUACGACGGACGAGAACCACAAAGAUGAGAGUGCAAAGCAUUUGGACCAAUGGACGGAGGAAGAAUGGCAGACCAAAGAAGGCAGUGGCAAUGCAAAGGACGCCGAUGGCACUGAACAUCGAUACCUACCGAAGCAGGCGUGGGAGCAGAUGAGCGAAAAGGAGAAGAAAGCGACGGAUGCGAAAAAACAACAAGGAAGCCACGAGGGGAAGCAAUUCGUGUCCAACACAUCAAAAGCGAAAGAUGCCAGGAAAAACGUCAGUGAAACGAACGGAUCGACCAAGCCGGAUGAUUCGACGGUGAGGACCGAUUACACAAGCGCCAAGAACUGUACGGAGCACUGGGAAGAUCCGAAUCACUUGGAAAAGAACAUGCAAGCAUACAAAACCUUCAAGGAGAAGAACCGCAAGUCAGCAGAGGAGGGGGAGAACGCCAAGAAGCGUGGGCAGGCCGCAAAUGGCAACAGCCCAAACAAAAAGCAAAAGAGCAGCGGACAGGAUGUGCCAGAAGCACCACUAGGAUCCAUUACUCGAGUGCCCAAGCAAGGCCAGAAGGUACAGUGGCAUUCCAUUGCAGGCUAUGUCGACGGAGAAGUGGUCGAGGUGGUGUACGAGGAUAAGGAAGUGGAGGGCAAAAAGGCGAAGGGCAGCAAAGAGGACCCUCGAGUGGUGCUGAAGGGCGAUGUGUCUGGCAAGAUCGUGGUGCACAAGCCGGAAGCUGUGUAUUUCGAUUAG